ACCAUGAAAGACCCACACUGUAUCUUCCCGCUGGUUCUACAACAUCCCUCCCGUCUCAACAAAGGCCUCCUUCCCCGCCUUAAUGCACAAACCCUCAAGGAUAAAGCAGAUUCAUACAUACAUCCGAGGCAACAAGAAGGAGAGAAAAAGGGAAGAAAAAGAGGAAUAGCUCAUGCUCUCUGUCUCUCUCUCUCUCUCACCCCUGCAUCCUAUCUCCACACCAUCCUUCCCCCCAGACCCCGCAAAAGCGGCUCCAGAAAAAAAAACUCCAUGGAGAAAGAUAGAGAGAAAGGCACACCCACGCCCAGUCUUUUUCGUCCCUCGGCGAUUUAUCCAUUAGCCUCAGUCAGGAUCACAUGCCUGUCCUGUCCAUUCUCCCUCAUGCAACUUGCACUUACACACACGCAUAGAACCAGACCAGAUCACUAG